UGUGUUGUAACAUCUUGGUGCCAGCCUGCGGAUGAUGCAGUUGUUGAGAAAGACUGGACCUAUAUGUAGCUGUGUGUAUUUUUUUUUUUUUGGACAGUCUCUGGAGGCCUACAGAGCUGCAUGUUCACCCAGAGAACAGGUAAAUGCAAAUCUAAAGGGAAAAAAAACACUCAGGGCACUGAGGUAUGCGUGCAUAGGCACUCUUGGCUGAAGGCUGGGUUUCACCACGACUUCGCCUGGAGCACGAGAGGGGGGAAACUGUGGAGCCAAUGAGAAGGCAGCUUCCAACUCAGUUCUCUAUAACUCUGUGUCACAGGGGCUGAGCGAUGCCACAACCAAGUUCCUGCAGCUGGGAGAGUUUCAGUGGACUAUAGACUUUUUCCUAAGCUGUGCGUUCAAAGAGUGUGCGCACACACACACACACACACCAGUUCUUUUGUUGCGAUUUUACUUUGCGCACUCCAAAACGAAAGAAUCCACCAGUGGAUUUUCUUUCUUUUCUCUGGAGGGCUGCUUUCACCAUGAGCGCCGGACAGACGUAUGAGAAGAAGAUUGCGUGCAUUUUGACCGAUCUACCAGGAUCUAUGAGUUGCCACCCGAACUCCAAGGACUCUCCUACUCUCCCCGAGUCUUCGGUGACGGACAUGGGCUACUACAGCGGACAGACGGCCCACGGCCAGCACGAAUAUUAUCAGAGUCAAGCGUACGGACAGCCCAUGAACUCUUACCACCAUCAGUUUAACCUGAACGGAAUGGGAGCCGCUGGAGCCUACGCCACCAAAUCUGAAUACCCCUACACAAAUAGCUACAGGCAGUACGCACAUUACAGCAGAGAUCACCUGCAGGCCUCGCCACCGAGCUCAGUGAAAGAAGAGCCAGAGCCAGAAGUCCGCAUGGUGAAUGGAAAACCGAAAAAGAUCCGUAAGCCGAGGACGAUCUACUCCAGCUACCAGCUCGCUGCUCUGCAGAGGCGCUUCCAGAAGGCGCAGUACCUCGCUCUGCCCGAGAGAGCGGAGCUGGCGGCUCAGCUUGGUCUCACUCAGACACAGGUCAAGAUCUGGUUCCAGAACCGGAGGUCCAAGUUCAAGAAACUGUACAAAAACGGCGAGGUUCCCCUGGAUCACAGUCCUAACGCCAGCGACUCCAUGGCCUGCAAUUCCCCGCCCUCCCCGGCUGUGUGGGAGAACAGCACGCCUCAGAACACCCCGAUCAGCAGACCUCAGGUCCCGCAGCCGACGCACAGCUCGUCGCCGCCAUACCUGGAGGAUUAUAACAACCACUGGUACCAGCAGGGAUCACACCUACAGCACCCGGGCACCGUGCACCACCCAGUCCCACAGCAAAGCGUGGGAGCUGUUUAUUAACAGUGACUUAAGAGCAGAUUUAGCUCCUCAUAUUUUUUUUUUAUCAAACGAGGUCUCUCCACAAUGACUCUGCAGAGCGAUGGUUGAGUGGACCGGGAGCAGGCCUGAAGUGAAACAUUGCUUUUGGUUUUUGGAUGAUCAAGAAUGUUUCAGAAAUGUGGCUUCCAUUCACAAAGCACAUAAGGGAUUUCUGAUCACUUGUGGCAUAUUUAACGGACAUCUGGCGUGUUUUUUUUUUUUUUAAAUUAUUUAUCGCUUCUGAUGUAUUUCUUUAACUUCUUUUGUAAAUGAAUAUGCAAAGUUUUUUUUUUUUUUUUUUUUUUAAAACAUGUAGCCUUACCACGAACCGAAUAUUGACAAAACUGUGCAGUUGAUCCAUGCUACAUUCAAAGCAUGCAUGUGAGUUUGUAGAGAGUGCGUCCAAAACAACUCAGGUCAUAUUUAUAAAGAUUUGUACAAAACGUCGAAGGCUGUAAAUAUGUGUUUAUAUGCAGAACCACUAUGAUCAUAUUUGUCUGAAAUGGAAAGACUGCACUGUGGUGCUUCCAAAACCAUUUUCAUAUUCAUGUAAUUAGUCCACUUGUUGCCUUCUUGUCAAUUGAAUAAAGGUGUUACUUAAA